AUGUCGUCUCACGACACACCAACCAUCUACGCAGAACUCCUCACAAACAUCCGUCAGCUCUCCAUCGCAGUGACCCUCUCCUCACCAGCAGGAGGACAAACAAGAGCCCUCAUCGCCCCCAACGGCGAGACGCUGCACAUCCACCACGCAGGCACAGAAACCUCAUUCCCGCUGCCCGGGAAAGUUCUCGCCCACGCAGGAGCUCCCGCAGCCUUACCCACACCACCACCGUCAGCAUCAUCAUCAGCCUCGCAAACGCUAUCAUGGCGUCUCCCGCUAGCAGACUCCCCAGCGGCGCGCAGCGGCAGCACCAGCCUCGCAGAUGACCCCGUCCCCUGGACGGCGCGGGACCUCCUCCCCGGCUCGGCCGUAGCGUGCAGACGCUGCGCCGCGGUCGUCGUGCCCGGCGGGAAAGCGGGGGAGUGGAAAGACCUGCCGAGCGAGAACUGGGCGGAGAUGAUGGAUUUCUGGCACUGUCAUAAGCCUAGCACGGAUCGCGAGGAUGAGCAUGAGCACGGCGGCGUGAGCGGAGAGGGCAAGGAGAAGGAUGACCACGAGCAUCUGACUAGGCGCGGGUACGGAGCCAACUCGUCCAUUGCCGCGCAGCCUGGCGUAGGCAUGGUAGAUUUGACGUCGUUUCUGUUUUGCGAGGCUGAUUGUGUUGGUCUCAAGUUCUCUCCCCCAUCAUCAGAUGCCGCACCACCGGCAUCCUCCAGCUCAGAAGUCCUAGCUGGAGGAGGAGCAGGAGACUCCGACUCUGAUUCUGCGUCUGAUCCCACAGAACCACCCCCUCGGAUGCUCAACAUCGCCUGCUCCGCCUGCGCCUCCCACCUGGGCUUCUUCAACGUAGCCAUCUCCUCCGUCGUUCUGCUAAAAUGGCAAGUGUCAUGCCAGACAAGCACAUCACACCCCACGGCCACGGCGACAGCACUGCCCUCCAGCACAGACUGCCUAGCCGCGACCCUCAUCGCGACCCUCUCCCGCUCAGGCUCCUCCAAAUCAGUCGUCGUCCCGGCCUUCCAAUCCACCCAGAACCCAGUUUCUUCUUCCUCCGGCGAUGGCGGCGACGCCGCACCGCCUGCCCUGCACCUCUGGAUCCUCAACAGCAACAUCACCUACGCCUCCUCUUCUUUUCCCUCUUCUUCUUCUUCUCCUCACCAACGCACAAAACGCGCAGCCAUAAAACUGCUAUACAAAGAAAUCUCCCAAGCCGAAGCAGACGACAUGCUCGAGUCCAUGACGUCCGACGUGCAAGAGGUCAACCUCCCUCUUCCGGCCAUCGUCGCCGCAGCGGAGGGGUUGAAGCAGAGUAGUCGGUUUUUACCGCCUGGUGAGCGGGUGUUCAAGGGGUGGAAUGUGGGCUUGUUGGAUAAGUGGGAGCCAGCCAGCCUUUCAUAG